CUUUUCCCUCCUCCUCCUCCUCUUCCUCCUCCCCAUCCAGAGAGACUUCCCGCUGUGCCGCUUCCUAUAACGCCUCGAUAGGAGUUGCAAUAAACAGGCACACGCACAAUCAAGCCGGGCCUCUGCCCGCUGGAUAACUAAAGGAGAUUUUACGCACGCUGCUGAUGGGAACCUCGGCGAGUCAUUGUCCUCCGCUUAACGGGACAUAGUAAUAACAGCAACAACAGAGGACUGGAUUGGGAMACAAGAUGAAGUUGGUGGUCCGCCUCCUCCUGCUUCUCCUGGCGGUGUGUCCUGUGUGCCACGGUGCCGCUUCCUCUCCCAGUAAGUUUGCRGAGAUGGAGGACGCUCUGCUUAAGGACCUUUUCCGGGGAUAUCAGCGCUGUGUCAGGCCCAUCCAGCGAGCCAACGACACCGUCAAAGUUCGCUUUGGACUCAAGAUCUCUCAGCUGGUUGAUGUGGAUGAGAAAAACCAGCUUAUGACAACAAACGUUUGGUUGACUCAGGAGUGGAUUGAUUACAAGCUGCGAUGGAGUCCAGAUAAAUUUGGUGGAAUCACCUCCAUCCGAGUUCCCUCAGAAAAUAUCUGGCUCCCAGACAUUGUCCUAUACGAGAACGCUGAUGGACGCUUCGAGGGCUCCCUGAUGACCAAAGCCAUUGUAAAGCACAACGGUGCCAUCACCUGGACGCCACCCGCCAGUUACAAGUCUGCCUGCACCAUGGACGUCACCUUCUUCCCCUUUGACCGGCAGAACUGCUCCAUGAAGUUUGGGUCGUGGACCUACGAUGGCAACAUGGUGGACCUGGUCCUGAUGGACAACCACGUUGAUCGGAAAGACUUCUUUGACAAUGGAGAGUGGGAGAUUCUCAGUGCUACUGGAGCCAAAGGAAACAGGAAGGAUGGCUUGUACUCCUACCCGUUUAUCACCUACUCCUUCAUCCUGAAGAGAUUGCCACUGUUCUACACGCUCUUUCUCAUCAUUCCCUGUUUGGGUUUGUCCUUUCUUACUGUCCUUGUGUUUUACCUUCCCUCUGAUGAAGGAGAGAAGCUGUCACUCUCCACAUCUGUCCUAGUGUCCCUCACUGUGUUCCUUUUGGUCAUAGAGGAGAUCAUCCCCUCCUCCUCCAAAGUAAUCCCUCUCAUCGGAGAAUAUUUGCUCUUCAUCAUGAUCUUCGUCACCCUUUCGAUUAUCGUCACCGUCUUUGUCAUCAAUGUGCACCACCGCUCCUCGGCCACCUAUCACCCAAUGUCGCCAUGGGUUCGCAGUCUCUUCCUGCAGAAACUGCCCAGACUGCUGUGCAUGCGAGGACACACGGACCGGUACCACUACCCGGAACUGGCUCCGGAAAGUCCUGAACUGAAGCCUCGCUCUGGAAGUCGGAGGGGAGGUUGUAAGACGAACAGCGGAGCAUGUGGACAGGCAGCUUCUGAUGGGAAGGAGGAAGAAGCCUGGGCCACCAUGUUGGAGAAAGCCAUCUACUCAGUGCGGUACAUCAGCCGACACAUCCGUAAAGAGCACUUCAUCCGCGAGGUGGUUCAAGACUGGAAGUUUGUUGCCCAGGUGUUAGACCGGAUCUUCCUCUGGGCUUUCCUUACCGUCUCUAUUCUGGGCACCAUACUCAUCUUCACUCCUGCCUUGCAGAUGUUCCUGAAAGUCCCUCCUCCAACUGCAACCGAGGAGCCGCCUCUACACCAGUAAACAUCACCAUCUCUUUCUCUGGCAGC